AUGAAGUUUAACUCUGGUUUUGGCUAUGACAACAAUGCUAAAAAGUUCACGGUCUCAGAUGAAGUAUGGGAGGCGUACUGUCAGGCUCACCCAAAAGAUGCAUACUUGCGCUUGGGGAAUUGUCUGGAUUAUUAUGAGUUGGGAAUUGUUGUUGGGAAUGGUGUGGCUGUAGGAAAAAACUCAAUUGAAUUGGGUUGUGCUACUGAUGCUAGGACAUUAGGAGUUGAUGAAAAUAGAGCUCCGCACAUAGAAGAAUUGAAUUAUGAUGCUGAAAAUGAGGCGUUUGUAGGACUAGCUCAAGAUGAUCCACCAUCAUCUCGAUCCAAAUCACCUUUAGUAUUCCCUGAGGUGCCUGACGUCUCCACUCAGAAAUGA